AUCAUCAAGCUUAUAAUUUUGAGUCGCAAACUCUGGAUAAAAUGACGACGGCAGCGCGACCGACGUGGACUCCGGCGGGCGGCGGCGGUGGAAUCUUUGGGGCGUCGGAGUACUCAUCGAGGGUUCCCAAGCUCAGGGAAUCUGUGAGGAAGCAUUCUAGUUUAUUUUCCCUCAACCCAACAAGGUUGCAAAAACCUGCAAUAAAAGCUAACAAGUGUUCCCGAAUAAAACCCUCGAUGAGCAUCGAAAAGGACCAAGGGUUUAGAAUGGAGGGAACUAGUAGCGUCUUGAAAGAGAAAGACGCAGUGAUAAUUGUCGAUCAUGGAUCAAGACGCCAAGAAUCCAACCUAAUGCUAAAUGAAUUUGUUGCAAUGUUUAAGGGUAGAACUGGGUACACGAUAGUGGAACCUGCUCAUAUGGAAUUGGCUGAGCCAUCAAUUAGAGAUGCAUUCAAACUGUGUGUUCAGCAAGGAGCCAAGAGGAUUAUCGUCAGUCCAUUCUUUCUAUUUCCAGGGCGGCAUUGGCACCAGGAUAUCCCUUCGUUGGCAGCGGAGGCAGCUAAGGAGCACACGGGUGUGUCCUAUAUCGUUACAGCACCUCUUGGUCUACAUGACCUUUUGGUGGAUGUGAUGAAUGAUCGAAUUAAACAAUGCCUAUCCCGUGUGGCUGGUGAUGCUGAAGAGUGUACUGUAUGCGCUGGCACGGGCAGAUGCCGUGAAUAUGGACUCCAUUGAAGUGUAGACCUCUAGAAACAUGAAAGACGUACAAUGGAAAAAAAUAGGAGCUAAAGCUUGUGGGUUUAAUAUUUAGCGUCUUUGCCUGUGGACGACAGAAGCAUUCUAUUUGUCUACAUGAUUUUUCAUUAUUUUUAGGCUCCUUUGUAUUCGUAGCGUGGCUAGUUUUCCUACAUCAAGUAUUUCAUAAGCUUCUUUUAUCA